AUGGGCUCUCGUGAUGAUGAGUACGACUACCUAUUCAAGGUUGUGCUGAUCGGCGAUUCUGGAGUAGGGAAAUCGAAUCUGUUGUCACGGUUCACCCGCAAUGAAUUUAACCUCGAGUCGAAGUCUACUAUAGGUGUCGAAUUCGCUACUCGUAGUAUUCAGGUUGAAGGUAAGACUGUGAAAGCUCAGAUUUGGGAUACUGCCGGUCAGGAACGAUACAGAGCAAUCACGUCUGCGUACUAUCGUGGAGCCGUUGGAGCGCUUCUAGUUUAUGACAUAGCAAAGCAUGUGACAUAUGAGAACGUUGAGCGCUGGCUCAAAGAACUUCGCGAUCAUGCUGAUCAAAACAUAGUGAUUAUGUUGGUUGGAAACAAGAGCGACCUUCGCCAUCUAAGAGCUGUUCCUACCGAUGAAGCGAAGAUGUACGCGGAAAAGAAUCAGCUGUCUUUCAUUGAAACAUCUGCCCUCGAUAGUACAAACGUAGAGGCGGCGUUUACAAACAUCCUCACGGAAAUUUACAAGAGUGUAUCGAACAAGCACGUGGGAUCUGAUCGCAUGGUCCCAUUACCGUCAUCUGGCGUCGACAUCACUUCAUCAUCCAAUGAAAGUCAGAAGAAGCAGUGCUGUUCAUCGUGA